UCUCGAUCCAGCCAGCCAUGAAACCCAAACUCAUAUCUCUCUAUAUAUCCUUUUGUACCAUAGCAUCUGACUCAUUCCUCAUUUGCUAUCUAGCAGCCAACUCACGAUCUCGAAGCCACGGACAAUGUCACUUAAAGGAAAAGUUUACGCACUGACUGGCGGUGCAAGCGGAAUCGGCUUCGCAACAGCCAAAGUUCUUGCACAACGCGGGGCUACUGUGAGCAUCGCCGACAUUGACCCCGAUGCCAUGUCAACUGCUACAGCAUACUUUGAGGAGCAGGGCAUCGAGGCGCUAGUUUCUCGUGUCGACGUCUCACAGCGGCCCCAAGUUGAAGACUGGCUAGACGCUACUGUUGAGAAAUAUGGGAGACUCGACGGGGCAGCUAACGUGGCUGGCAUCAUUGGGAAGCACCACGGUCUUCGUGCCGUAGCGGAACUUGAGGAUGAAGAAUGGCAUAAGAUCAUCGCUGUGAACUUGACAGGAACAAUGUAUUGUCUACGGGCACAGCUCAACAGGAUAGUAGACGGAGGCUCCAUCGUCAACGUUGCUUCUAUUCAUGGCAUCAAGGGAUUUGCCAAGCACGGCGCCUAUGACGCCAGCAAACAUGGAAUAGUUGGGUUGACAAGAGCGGCAGCAAAGGAGAACGGCCACCGAGAAGUGCGAGUGAACGCUGUUGCUCCUGGAGCUAUAUAUACCCCAUUGAUGAAGAAGGCAUGGGAUAUGCACAACCGACCAGACGACGCCGCUUUCGACGAGCCAACUGCCUUCCAGCGCCAAGGUACGUCAGAAGAGUGUGCCAAUGUGAUAGCUUUCCUCCUCGGCCCUGAGAGUACCUUUGUAAGUGGAAGCGUUUAUGAAGUGGACGGAGCCUGGAUAUGAAUAGUUAGUCUUCAUCAUGUCAUGAUAGGGGCUGCAAGCCCAUACACUGGAUUUUGAGUUGAGUUUCAAGCUCGAUGGAGUCAUGGAAAGGACAAUCGCAUGUUGAUACCAUUUACCAAACAUCCUCGGGAUCAACCAUAUGAGUUUCUCCAUCAUCUCGAAUGUGCUGACGAUCCUUGUCCCGCUUCAUGGGCUUGCGCAUGUCGAAUGCGUCCUCGCUCGCCCUGGAAGGGUCCGUUGCGUGGUCACCGUAGUAGUCCUUCACCACGCGGAAGACGCUGUAACCCAGAUUCUUGUAAAGGGCAAUGGCUCUGUGGUUGCUGCUUCGAACGAACAAGUCCACGAACCAGGCGUUCUCAGCAUCAGCUGCAACUUCCAGCUGAUCAGUCAAGAUCUUUGCAAUGCCAGAUCUUCUAGCUUCCGGGGCAACAGUGAGCGCCGUUAUGUGAGCGUGCCAUGGUAGGUAAUGCUCGGAGAAUUUGUAGGCGUCCGGAGAAGACUCGACCUUGCCCAUGACUGCCAGUCAAUAUGUUAGCCUCGACAAGCUGGUACUGAAUGUAAAGGAUAAAUCCCACUAUAUCCAACAAUGUUUCCAUCCAUAUCCUCACAAACUUGAAAGAGGGAUGGCCAUUUGGCAUGGUAUUGGAGGUAGAAAUUGAGCUCGUAAGUUUCCGUGAAGGGGUCAAGAUUGCACUUGGAAAACUUGUUCACAUCGUCAGGUCGAAACCGCCGAAACGUCGCCAUAUUCAGAGCUGCUUUUGCGUUUUCUGAUCAAGAAAUAUAGGAGCCACACUUUAUGUAAAAGAAUGGCGGUACGAAGCUGGAGUUUGUCUGUCUUCAGCCAAACAAGUAAAAUCGAGACAGUUCGGGGGCGUGUCUGAUGAGAACGAGAGAUGUAUAUGAGAAAUCCGAACUUCAG